AUGCCUACCCAAGAUCCUCUCAAAAGACUCAAGUGAGCCUAUGAUGAAUGUCAUAACGAUCGAAAAUACUACUGAUUCGAUCAUAAGCUGAGACUGUGUAGUGACUGCUGUGAUUCUCUCCAUUACAAUUGCACAGUGCAAGCUAUUCGUUCCAAAGACGAACUCUGGAACGCUGUAGGACUUCUCCAUCACUUUGUGGCAUCACUCACUAAGAAGGCCAACGCAUACAAACUCAUGGAAAAUAUCAGCGGACUUGCAGACUGCAUGAAACACAUCUCUAGUUUGUUUGAAGCUUUCGAGCAAGAAGCCAGAAUUGCAAUGAAGAAGGACCAGUUCUUGAAGUUCCAUUUACUCAUUGAAGAAGCAAGAAAAAUCAAAUCUGACAUCCUUGGAGGCAACUUUGGAAGAGUCCGAAACUAUGAGCAAGGCUCUAACCCGAUCCUGAGAUUGCUGUUCGACAGCGAGCUGGUGGGACUAACUUACAGCAAGAUUGGUGCUGUCCAGAAAAAGUCAAUUAGGAAAUCGCCAGAAUUUGAGGAGACUGUCAGAGAAGUAACCACAGAGUUCAAAGACCACAUUGAAGCCAAAACAAAGAAGGAGAUACAAGAAAAGACAAAGGAGAUCGAAGAGAAAACUGAAGCCAAAUACCAGAAACAAAUCCAAGACCUCCAAGAAGAUAACAAGAACUCAGAAGAAAAAGUCAAAGCUGUUGAAAAAGCAGUGACCGAACUCACCAACAAAAUCAAGGAACAGCAAGACCUGAUUGGAAGAGAACAAAUUCAAAAAGAAGACUUUGAGAAAGAACUCUCUGCUCUUAUGAUCCAACAUAAUCAGCUCAAAACCCAGCAUGAAGAUAUUCAGAAAGUUCUCGAGGACAGGCAAAAAGAGUUGGAAGAGAAAGAUAAGGAUUUGAAGCACGUUAAAGGUUCACUCUGUGAAGCCAUGUACAAGGAUAUAGUUGGAGCGGCUAAGACUUUUGAUUCAAAUGCCAAACUUGAAAUAGCCCUAGGCAAUGAAAAGCAUCGGAAAUUGAUUGAAGCUUAUGCACAGAACAAAGUUAAACUACCAGACAUCAAAAGAGUUUUUAUUAAAAGCAUCAAAGACAUUCCUUUAGAAAGUCUCGACCAGUUUCUGAAGCAUUCUAUUCCUGACCAACUUCCUCUUCUGUGCUUGAAUUGGAGUUGGGAAGAGUUAUUGGUGGGAGCGAAAGUAAUGGAUGGGCUGAAAGAUAGUUUGUUGAAAAUUACAAAAGAAAUAUUUUUAUUUUAUACUGAAUUUCAGCCAUUAGAUUUAGAGGUUGCUUUCAAAAAUUCUAUAAACUCUGAAAGAUUAUGCAUUGUUGCUUGUAAAGUGCAUACUAAAGAAAAAAUGAAUUUUGGAUCAAAACAAGCAAAAACCACAUAUUUAAGUUUUAGUUGCUGUUGAGGAGACUCUAAAGUAACAAUGGACUGGGGGAAUCAUCCAGAAAGAUUUGAGAAUAUUAUUGAAGCCAUCAGUAAAUCCCCAUACAAAAACUCCUUACAAACUCUAAACACCAACAAAUGCAAUCUCUCCAAAUCCAAAGUCGAAGAGAUGCUGUCCAAAUACAACAUGUCAUUCAUCAAAGUAAUCGAAGAAAGCCCUUGCCCACUAUCCGACUAACCCACCCCAUCCCAAAAUCUCAUCUAGCAACUCAUCAAUC